AGGAAGUGGCCACGCAAGCUACCGGAACCAUAACAUGGCUAUUUAGUUAUACUCUUCUUUCUGUCGUCUCACAUGUCACUUUUUAAGUAUUGCGUCAUGAUAGCGUGUUGUUAGUUUCACCCAGCAGUUGUUAAUAAUGUAAAAUAUUUUACUUAUCGCGUUUUAAAACAUGUCGCUCGCCGCCGUUCAAGCUAACGAGCUAGCUUGCAUGUGGCUGCUGUGCGAUGAUCAUUCGAGUCACCCUGCAACGUGACUACAAGAUGCCGCAAACGGUGGCGAAACUGCUUUGAAAUCAUAAUGUGACUCCCGAGAACACUGGUCAGGUUCCCCCCGUUGUAGUCUUAGUUUUUAAAUUUGAUUUAGCAUGCCUCGUUUAGAAGAGUUGGCCAACGUCGCCCUCAGGGUGCCCAGCAUCCUGGCCCUGGACCUGCUCUACAAGUGUGACAUCGAAGGCUUAACGGAGCACCUCAAGGCCAAAAACGAAGACAUGCUCUUCAAAUAUAAAUAUGUCAUCUGGAACAUGUAUUACCUUGGUCAUGUGAUCAAUGCGGUGGUUCUGGUACUGCCAUUGCGACACAUCGUGACGCUCUACCUCCACAUCCUGGCCGCCAUGCUGCUCUACAUGGGCCAUCAGAUAUCCAUGGAGUAUAUCCGCGAGGAGCUGCAGUCUGGUUAUGAAGGAGCAGUGUACCUUGAUUCUUUGGCCUUCAACAGAUUUGUUUCUGCGCUGACAAGUCAGAUCAUUCUCAGCACGCUGUGUGCCUUCCUGAUGAAGACCAGAAAGGUGUGGCUGUUCUCUGCUCAUGUCCUCCCCCUGCUGGCCAGACUGUGCACUGCUGCUCCCUCUAGGCUGCUAACGGUCAACAUUUUCUCCACGGGACUGACAGGAGCCAGCAUUGGCGUCUUCCUCCUGGCCAACCUCUUUGUGCCAUAUCGCCUCGCCAAGGCUGCAUAUUCACAAUUCCUUCAGCUGGAGGUGAUUGAGCUAUACAGGCUUCUGGCGGUGGGAAUCUCCCUGUGGAACCAGUUCGCAGUCCCGGUGCUCUUCAGCGUCUUCUGGUUUGUCCUCUUCGUCGUCCACCUGUGCUCCGACGCCAUGUCUGGCUCCGCCUCCACCUUGCAUCAGGGCAUCAUGUUCUUCCUGCUCACCAGUGUUUCGGAAUGUUGUGCCACACCGUACUCCCUCCUGGGUCUGACUUUUGUGGUGUCCUACCUGGCUCUCGGACUGCUCAACCUAUGCAAGUUCUACCUGGGGGGCUACGCUGCUGUGCAGAAUGAGAACGUCAUGCACAGAGGAGUGACCGAGGGCGUCACCCUGCUCCUCCUCGCCCUCCAGACGGGCCUGCUGGACAUGCAGGCAAUGCAGCGCACCUUCCUCCUCAGCAUCAUCCUCUUCAUUGUGGUUACGUCCACGCUGCAGUCCAUGAUUGAGAUAACCGACCCGGUGAUCCUCGCCCUGGGCGCGUCCCGCAACAGGAGUUUCUGGAGACACUUGCGUGGCCUCAGCAUGUGUUUUCUUUUGCUGGUGUUCCCAGUCUUCAUGGCUUAUAAAAUUUCCCAGUUCUUCCAUAUGGACUUUUGGCUCCUAAUUUUGGUGUCCAGCUGCAUGCUCACAUCCCUUCAGGUUACGGGCACGCUGCUAAUCUACUCGCUCUUCAUGGUGGAGCUCUUCCGCAGUGACCCCAUCGAGAACCUGGACGAGGUGAUUUACUGGGUGAACGCCAUCAGCCGGGUGCUGGAGUUCUUGGUGGCACUGUGCGUGGUGGCAUACGGCACAUGGGAGUCGCUGUUCGGCGAGUGGAGCUGGAUGGGCGCCUCGGUCAUCAUCAUCCACUCCUACUUCAACGUCUGGCUGCGCGCUCAGUCGGGCUGGAGGAGCUUCCUGCUGAGACAGGAAGCGGCCAAGAAGAUCAAAUCCCUGCCCACAGCCACAGCUCAGCAGCUGCAGCAGCACAACGAUGUCUGCGCCAUCUGCUUCCAGGAGAUGAGCGCCGCCGUCAUCACGUACUGCGGUCACUUCUUCCACGGGAACUGCCUCCGCAAGUGGCUCUAUGUGCAGGAGACCUGCCCCAUGUGCCACCAAACGGUCCAACCCACGCCGCAAGCAAAUUACAGCCAGGCCUCCGCCGGUGGUCCGUCAGCGGCUGCUCCUCAGACGGACUCUGCUCCUUUGGAGGAAGAACUAAACACGGACAACUGUGAGGAUAAGCCCAGUGGUAAUGAUGAAGGUGAUGAUGCUCCUGUCGAGCUGCUGGAGGAAGAUGACAACAUGGCAGCAAAUGACUCUGACAAGGAGGCAGUCCAGGGUCUUUUUUUUAGUUCCAGUGGAGACUUGGUGGGCUUUGUUGACCCUGUGUCCAACUGCCCCUCUAGGGGCUCCUCUGGCUUAAGACCACCAGCUCAGAAAGAGGACAGCUCUCAGAAUUGCGAGGACACUUGCAUCGAGUCACCACUGAGAAGCCAUCAGUCAACAGCAGACACAAAUCCCUGUGACAGCCUCUAUGGUGACCACCACCACACAUCUGUCCAAUCAUGUCCAGACAGCUCAGAGCUGUUAGACUCUGCAGACAGUGCUCAUGGACACAACUGCACACAUUCACAACUGGACCCGGGGAAGCUCUGAUGGACACAGAACCCGCAUCUUCAGUUCCUGGCACAUGUAUUAUUUUUUUAAAAACGUCUAUUUUUCUAUCCGUUUUAGCCUUUUGUCCACAAACGAUAAGCUUUCUUUCAGUUUGUUUUUUUUUUAUGUGACAUGAACAGUUUUCUUUGGUUUUGAUACCAACUUACCCAAGACCGAAGGGGAGAAGUUUUGUUUUGAUCUUCAUUGCUUUGGUUAUAAUAUUUUUAAAAAUACACAACUGAUUCCCACAAAAUGGGAUGUCUGUACCACGGAAGGAUUUUUUUGGUGAAGACAUGGAUGAAAGUGUGCAUACAGGAAUCUAGUUUCUUGCAAAAUGGUAGAGUCGUGUCUGUCCGACAAGGACAUCUUAUGUCUUUCUCUAUGAACCAGGAAGUAAGACGCUCGAAAAGAAAAGGACUGAUUAACCAAUACUAUGCUUUUCUAUUCAAAUUUGUUGUAGGACUUUUUUUUUUUGUUUUGCUACUCGAGUCAAAAAUUGUACAGUCCUGUCCUCUUACGUCUCUCAUUUGCUAACAUACGGAAGGCUAAAUCAACCUCGCUGGAGGUCUGCGCUCUACUGAAGGCCGUUGUAGGUUAUUGUUGGGUAUGAUCCGUUUUUGUGAUUGCACCUUUUCCAGGGAUUCCUGUUUAGCUAACACGGGAGAAAUAGAUAUUUUUAAUAACAAUACUGAUGCAUUCAUGGACAUAAAUACAAUGUUCCCUCGUUUAUCGUGGGCGAUGGGUUGCCAAAAUAGCCCACAAUAAGUGAAAUCCACAAAGUAGCCAACUUGAUUUUUUUUUUCCCCUGUCCAUACACUUUUCUUAUACAGACAAUAACAUUUUCUCACAUUUCUCUCUUGUUUAAACACUCUCAAAGUUCAAACCUUUGUUUGAACUUUAAUGAUUAACACAAGAAAGUAUAAAGUCACUCACGUAUAUUUCACUCCUGUGACCGUGCCUUUUCGGCCUGGCGCCGCUCCACUGUACUGUUUUUGUAUCCUUGUGAAAACAUAUUGCUGUAGGCCAACCGAAGAUUCAUUUGAAAGCUAGCAUGACACAGGAGACAUGGCAGCACGAACGAGAUUGAUUGACAAUGGUCGACAGCCAAUCAGGACGUAGAAAACAAUCGGCGGUGCCGACAAACCAGAGAGAUGGAAGAGAUAGACACUCAACUUCCCACGAUGCAAUUCUUCUUAAAGGGCCAGGCUGGGCCUGUAACAGUGUUUAUGCGCUGAAAUUAAAAAAAAAAAAAAAAAAAAGAAACAUAAAAAAAAAUCCGCGAUUCCGCAAAAGGUGAACCGUGAUAGAGCGAAGGAACGCUGUAUUACCACUUGGUUAGAAGGUGACGCAAUCCAGCCAAAAUAGGAGAUUUUAAAUGUUUACUAUCAAAAUGUUAACACCCCCAGUCAGUCAGUGCCUUGAGGGGUAGAAAAGGGGACCCCCACAACACACACACACACACACACACACACACACAUACAGAAAGACACACUUCCAAGGAAAUUAAGCACAUUUGCCUUCUCUCCGGUCAAAAUACACUUAUGAAUGUGCUUGAGUGUAUUUAGCAAAACAAUUGUCAGGUCCUGAAUUUGGUGUGCUGGUACAACUGUACAUAAAUCAACUGUAAAAGAUGAAAUGUAAAUGUAGAGCAUCUCUGUUAAGUUAAUUCUAGCAGGUUCCGAUUAAACGUAGGAGCAAACUACUGUACUUUAGUUUCUGCUGGUAGUUUUCAUUCAUUUGUCACGUUUUUAGACAAAUGUGACAAAAAGCAUUUUAUUUAUUGAUCAGGCUUUUGUACUGCCAAUAGCACUAUUGCAAUAUUCGGAACAAGUUGCUGUCUUGUUUUCAUGGCAUUAAACACAUAAAAGGUACAAUAAAUCUAUUGUAAACGCAAUAUAUCAGAGUUAAGUGUGUGGAGUUAAGUUAUUCCUAUGUUCCAAAACAGUAGAUUCCUGCAAAUAAGUACCGUAAAGCACCAUGUAUAAACCGCACCCGUGUAUUAACCGCACCCCCAUUUUCAGGCUCACGGAGGGGGGAAAAAAAAUUUUUAGUUCAUAAACGCUUGCCAACUCUUUCAUCUCAAAUCAACAUGCGUAAAGGUACUAAGCAAUUUCAAAAAGAAGAAGAAAGGAGAAAUCUGAACUUCAGCAUGUAGAUCUUUAAUAUUAUGGCUAAGAACAGAUUAAUAAUAAUAAUAAUAAACAAUCAAAAUAAAGAAAUUUGCAAUUUUCA